UAUAUAUAUAUAUAUAUAUAAGACAUAUAAGAGUUUUAAUUCAUUCAACUGCAUUACGUUUGUCUUUAAAACUAAUUUCUGUACAAAGUUUAAUCCGACCUAAUCAAAUCUUUCUGAAAAAUUCUGAAAUUUUAUAUGCAAUUUGUGGAGAAUAACAACAUAAAACUUUGCAUGUCAAAUUCAGAACUAGUUUGGAACAAGCUAGAUUAAUAAUAUCAUUAAUCCCAUUAAGUCUAUGUCAAAUAAUAUAUAUAAGAAUUUAAAAUAGGUCUCAGUAUUAAUUUCGUGCUGGUAUAUAUUCUAUACCCCAUAUUUUCAACCAACCUGCAUUAUGACUAUUAAUCCUGAACCAAUAACUAUAGCAAUAGAUCGAGGUGGAACUUUCACAGAUAUUCUAUAUAGGGUAGGACUGAUAGAAGAAUCCUUUAAAUUAUUGUCCGUAGAUCCAACUAAUUAUAAAGAUGCAAACAUUGAAGGAAUACGAAGAGUUCUUGAAAUUGUUCAUGGAAUUUCCAUUCCCAGAGGUAUUCCCUUAGAUACUUCCUCAAUAUCUUCAAUCAGAUUAGGUACUACUGUUGCCACAAAUGCAUUACUCGAAAGAAAAGGUGCUAAAAUAGCCCUUGUCACCACAAAAGGAUUUAAGGAUUUACUUCAUAUUGGAGAUCAAUCUCGUCCAGAAUUAUUUGCAUUAAACAUCGUUAAGCCUGGAGUGUUAUUUGAAGAAGUUGUAGAGGCAGAUGAAAGAGUCACCUUACCAGCAUUCACUGUAGAUCCAACUGGUUAUGAUGCUCAAGAGUUGAUAGAUGAUAUCCGAUACGUUAGAGGAGAGACAAACGAAGUAUUCGAGAUUAUAAAACCAUUAGAUAUUGAAAAGCUAAGGACAGAUUUGGUUCAACUCAAAAAUAAAGGAAUUAAAUCGAUUGCUAUAGUAUUCAUCCAUGGCUUUAAUUUUCAACUUCAUGAAAAAUUAGCUGGAGAACUUGCUAAACAAGUAGGAUUCACGAAUGUCUCUUUAUCACAUGAGAUUUUACCAGUAAUAAAAGCUGUACCAAGGGGUCAAUCAACUACUUUGGAUGCUUACUUAACGCCCAUAGUCAAGGAGUAUAUAUCUGCAUUCUUGAAGGGGUUCAAACCGGGAUUUGAAAAGUAUACUCGUAUAGAAUUCAUGCAAUCAGAUGGUGGUUUAUGCUCCUACACCAAAUUUUCAGGCUUGAAGUCAUUAUUAUCUGGUCCUGCUGGAGGUAUUGUAGGUGCUGCAAAGACAUGUUAUGACUCAAAUAGAAAAUUCCCCAUAAUAGGUUUUGAUAUGGGAGGAACUUCAACAGAUGUCUCUCGAUUUGCUGGUGACUAUGAAUUUUCAUUCGAAAGUAUUAUUGCUGGGAUUAAAAUUGCUGCUCCUCAAUUGGAUAUUAAUACAGUUGCCGCUGGAGGUGGAUCUAUAUUGACUUAUCAAAAUGGGGUUUUUCAUGUUGGACCUGAAUCAGCAGGUGCGUACCCAGGUCCAGCUUGUUAUAGAAAGAAUGGCCCCUUAACUAUCACUGAUGCUAACCUUUUCACCGGACGACUCUUGCCUAACUAUUUCCCUCAAGUGUUUGGACCUGACGAGAAUCAACCUAUAGAUAUGGAAAUCACUAAACAGAAAUUUGAAGAGCUAACUAAAAUUAUUAAUGCAGAUAAUCCUAAAUUUCCAAAAACAGCUUAUGAAAUUGCAGAAGGAUUUAUUGAUGUUGCUAAUUAUCAAAUGGCUAAGCCUAUAAGGAACUUAACUGAAUCCAAAGGUCAUGAUGUUUCCAAACAUAUUCUUUCAUCUUUUGGAGGUGCAGGUGGUCAACAUGCUUGUUCUCUUGCUAAACUUCUAAAGAUUAACAAGGUUAUUAUCCACAAACAUUCCUCAAUUUUAUCAGCUUAUGGAAUAUAUUUGGCACCUAAUGUUGUAGAAAUUCAAGAACCUGUGUCUGAAACAUAUUCUUCUUAUACCAGAAUCAACUUAUUGAAGAAUUGUCAGAGGCUUCAAUCCAUUUGUCGGAAGAAUCUUAUAUCUCAAGGUGUAAAGCAAGAUUCGGUGGUUUACAAUAUUUACUUAAACAUGGGUUAUAAAGGUUCCGAUACAAGAAUAAUGGUUCCUCAACCAAAUGAUGAUGAUUUCUUAUCAUUAUUUUAUAGUAUGCAUGCCAAAGAAUUUGCCUUUAAUGAUGAAGAUAGACCGAUAAUAGUUUCUGACAUAAGAGUUAGAGCAAGUGGAGAUGUUCUGUCAUACGAUAAAUCCAUUAAAUCACCUUAUGAUGAGUAUGAUGAUAUUGGGAAAUUGGCUGCAAAAUCCUCAAUUAUUCGUGAAACUAGAAAUUCAGUUUAUGUAGAUGGGAACCAUUAUCAAACAGAUGUUUUCUUACUUAAGAAAUUACCUACAGGUGCAAUAGUUGAAGGACCAGCAUUAAUAGUAGAUGCAAAUCAAACUAUAUUUAUAACUCCUUCUUCAGUAGCUACAAUAUUAUCUAAUCAUAUAAUUAUUGAUUUAGAAACGACUUAUAAAUCAACAGCUACUACAUCAUUUGUUGACCCAGUACAACUUUCAAUAUUUGCUAAUAGAUUUAUGUCUAUUGCUGAAAGUAUGUCUAGAACAUUACAAAAGAUAGCUGUUAGUGCUAAUAUUAAAGAAAGAUUAGAUUAUUCAUGUGCCUUAUUUGAUAAUGAAGGGAAUUUAGCUGCAAAUGCUCCCAAUGUACCUGUUCAUCUUGGUUCAAUGUCUACUGCCAUAAAGUAUCAAUUAGAUUUUUGGGGUCAAGAUUUGAAAGAAGGUGAUAUCUUGUGUACUAAUUCUCCUAGUGUUGGUGGAACUCAUUUACCAGAUAUAACUAUUAUUUCACCAGUAUUCUUUGAAGAUAAGCUUCAAUUUGUAGUUGCAUCUCGAGCUCAUCAUUCAGAAAUUGGAGGUUCAGCUCCAGGAUCUUCUUCAUCUUAUGCAAGAGAUAUAUAUGAUGAAGGUGUAAAUAUUGAAACCUGGAAAAUUGUUUCCAAGGGUAAGUUUGAUUAUGAUGGUUUGAAAUAUCAUUUUGUUGAUAAUCCCAAAUCUCAUGGAGUAUCAGGAACAAGAAAUAUUGAUGAUAAUAUUAGUGAUUUAAAAGCACAAAUUGCUUCUAAUCAAAGAGGUAUUAAUUUACUUAAAGAAUUAUUUGAAGAAUAUGGUAGUGAAACAGUUUUAUUUUAUAUGAAGAAAGUUAAGAAGGCAGCUGCAUUAGCUGUAACUAAAUUCUUUAAGGAUUUUGCAAAUAAAAAUAAAGAUAAAUUACCCUUAUCAGCUAUAGAUUAUAUGGAUGAUGGUAGUGAAAUAAGAGUAAAAGUUGAUAUUAAUGAACAUGAAGGUAUAGCUACAUUUGAUUUCACCGGUACAUCAUUAGAAUCUUAUUCUAAUUUAAAUGCACCCAAAUCAAUAACCUUAUCUGCUGUCAUCUAUGUAUUAAGAUGUUUGAUAGAUUUGGAUAUUCCUUUAAAUCAAGGAUGUUUAGAUCCAUGUAAAUUAAUAAUCCCCGAUAAUUCCCUUAUUAAUCCUAGUAAAUUUGCUGCUGUUUGUGCUGGGAAUGGUAUGACAUCACAAAGAUUAACUGAUGUUUUAUUCAAAGUAUUUGGUUUUACAUCAGCAUCUGGUGGUUGUAUGAAUGGUAUUAACUUUGGUACAGGAGGAGAGAAUGAAAAGGGAGAAAUGAUUAAAGGAUUUGGAUAUACAGAAACCAUUGGACAAGGUAGUUGUGCAGGGAUUAUUGAGAAGAAUGGAGAGAGAUAUGGAUUCCAUGGAUUUUCAGGAACUCAAACCAAUAUGACUAAUACUAGGAUUACUGAUGCAGAAGUAUUAGAAAAGAGAUAUCCAUGUUUCUUAAUAGAAUAUUGUAUAAGAAAAGAUAGUGGAGGUAAGGGGAAAUGGAACGGAGGGGAUGGAUUAAUUCGAGAGAUUCAAUUUAAUUCACCAGUUCAUGUAUCAUUAGUAACUCAAAGACGAGUAUAUAAACCAUGGGGAAUAUAUGGAGGAGAACCAGGACAUGUUGGAGAGAAUUACUUGGGUAGAAAUAGAGGUAAUGGAGUGAUUCAAUGGAUAAGAUUACCAUCAUUAGCAGAAAUAGAAAUAAAGUCUGGUGAUAUUUUAAAGAUCUUAACUCCAGGAGGGGGAGGAUUUGGAAAUGUUAAUGAUACUGAUGAAUUUUGGAAUAUUUCUACAGAUUUUAAAUAUGAUAAAACUGGAAAUCAACAUAUUAUAGCUGGUGGUAGUUUAGGGAAACAUGUAGAAGCUGCAAAUACAUCUCAGUAAUUGUAAAUAUGUAUUAUAUAUAUAAUCUAAUUACCUGUAAUUUAUUUAAUUUGAAUUUUUAGUUUAAUUUAAUUUAAUUUAAUUUAGUGGAGUAUCAUAAUAGAAAUAAAAAAUCACCAACAAUAUCAAUAAUAAGAAGAAGAAGAAGAAGAAGAAGAAGAAGAAGAAGAAGAAGAAGAAGAAGAAGAA